CAGCCAUCAACACCGCAACUUUCCCCUCAAGAGGAGCAAGAAAAGUUACUUGAGGAUGCCCUCAAUGUUGUCAAGACACAAGCUUUCCAGAUGAAAAGAUGUCUGGUAUGAGCUAAAAUAUAAGAAAAAAUAAGGAGCACUGUGCUGUCCAAAUGGGGUCAAAUCACAAAAAGUCAUUAAGUUAUGUUGCUUAUACCAUAUCUUGAAGGUCCUUAAAAGCAGAUAGGCAAUGUUUAUUAUGUUGUAUUUUCUAAAAGAAUGUUCUACACAAAAAAGUUACAGGGAAAAAGAAACUAAUUAUCUGGACUAAGUGUAGUCCUUUUAAAAAGAAAGCUAGAUCAUAGAUGCCAUACUAUAUGUGGUUAAAUAAACUAUUUAUACUAACCAAAGUUUUGUUAAUUAUUUUGAUUCUGAACAUUAACAUUUUUGAGUCCUGGUUUUUAUUAUAUGAUUUUAAUUUUUAUUUUUUUAAAAAUCUUACUCUAUAUCAUAUGAUAGCACUUCCUUUUUCUUGUCAACAUGCAUUAGUAGGACACAAAAUACAAGCUCAGAUAAUAAAAAAAUAUCUCGAUAAUCAAUGGGUUUUUUUUAAUCAAAAAUAUAUCUUUCUGAAAUGUUCAAAACUCCCUUUGAGUUAAUAAUUAUGAUAAAAUAAACAUUGAGGUAACAUUGUUUUAACCUUGAAAUUAUAGGACAAAGGAAGACUGAUGGAUGGGUUGAAACAUGCCUCAACAAUGCUGGGUGAAUUACGCACAUCUUUGCUAUCACCUAAGAGCUACUAUGAAUGCUGUAUCCUUAAAUGAAAUUUCCCUUCAUUUUUCGCUAAAAUUUUAUAGAUUUUCAAAUUGAGCUUUAAUUUGAUUUUUUGUUUUUGUUUCAAGGGGCUAUUUAUUUUAUUGUUUUAAAUCUGUUAACAAAAAUAAUCUUAGUAUUAAUAUGUGCUCAAAAAGUUGAUUUUGAUAAUCAUGUAAUUAUAAUUUAAAUGUUGAAUUGCAAAUUCUUUAUCUUUAAAAUGUUAUUUCAAAAAGUCUACCAUUGCCCUUACAUGCAAAUGUUAGACAUGUCGAUUUCAGAUGAACUUCGUCACCUUGAAAUGUAUCUUGUUGAUGAGUUCCAGAAAGGUCGAAAGGUUGCUGACCUUUAUGAACUGGUCCAAUAUGCUGGAAAUAUUGUGCCUCGACUGUAAAUAAAUUUACAAAUCUCAUUGCAUCUUUAUUUCUUGAUUUUCCUGUUGGCAUGUUAAAAUUAUUUUAGAAGUAAAUAUUGUUAUAGGAAUGUUAAUUCCAUCCAUCCCUGUGAUGCUACUGCCCAUGUAGGGAUUUGGCCUGUGUCCCCACUUCCUUCCACUCAUAUCUAACUGAUGCUUUUCUUUUCCAUGUUUGGGUUCACAGCUGCUGUAGAGUUUUUCCACAUCAUUCAUCCAUUUAAGCCUAGGUCUGCCUUUGAGUAUGAGCCAUUUUCCUAUGGGUUUUUGGUGGUGCAGCCUCUUCACUCCUCUGUUGUUUGGCGUUCUUUCUAAGUGUCUCACCUAGCAUAGCCUGCCCAUUUUUAUUUCUGUUACUAGAGUGGGAUCCUGAUAUAGACUAUACCAGCGUUUCCCAAAUGCCGGGCCUCAAAAUCAAAAUUUCCAGGUCGCAGAAAGAAGAAAAAAAUGUUUGAAAAUCUAGGUUAGAUUAUCAUUACUCAUUAAUAACUUUAAGUGGGAUUUCUUUACAGCCUUGUACAAGUAAAUGCUUUAUUAUAUUAUAGGAAAACUUUGUGGACAGUCAUAUUAGAUAUUACUAUAUGUCUUAGUCCUCGUCUAAUCUGAAAUUCCCUUGAAUAUUCUCCCUGAAUCUUGCUUUUGCUCUUUGAGUUGUUUAAUAUUACAUGUAUCAGUCUUGUGAGUUUGUUGGGUAUGCCAAACUUCUGCAGAGUCUCACAUAGAUUUUUUUUUUUAUGAUGCUGUCAUAGGUCAUUUUAUAGUCCACAUAGAGUUGAUGUACUGUGAUAUUAGAUUUGUAACAUUUGUCUAAUAUACAUCUGACGACUAUUUUUAUUUCAACUUCUUAAAAUGUGUCCCUUAAAUUAUUUUUUGGAGCUUGUGAGAAUUAUUACAACAUAAAAUGAUUGUAUUAAAAAGUAGUAAUGAUUGUAUUAAAAAGUAGUAGUCAGAGUGCGCAUUGAUGGUUGCGACCCACCUGAAGAAUUAUUUAUUUAUUUUAUUAUGGAGACACCAUGUAAUAUAAAUGACACCAAGGGAUGAAUUCUAUCAACCCCAGCGAAGGUUGAAACGUACUAUUCACUAAUCUUAAAAUAUUUGUUUUGGAAAAACAGUGCACAACAUGAAAUUUCAUUAUUUAUGUGUAAAGAAGAUAUUUUUUUCAACCUGGACAAAAUGCAAUAGCACUUAAGUUUGAAAGGAUGAAUAAUUUAAUGAUUUGAAAACAUCAACUCACAUGUCUUGUUUUGAACAGGUAUCUCCUGAUCACUGUGGGCACAGUGUACAUCAAAUCAAAUGAGUUGUCUCGCAAAGAUAUCCUCAAAGAUUUGGUGGAGAUGUGUAGAGGUGUUCAACACCCACUCAGGGGACUUUUUCUAAGAAACUAUUUGCUUCAAUGCACUAAAAAUGUUCUUCCUGAUGCCGUUGAAGAUCAGAGGUGAGUGAACAGUUAAUUUUCGCUGGUAUUUAACCUUAAUAAAUUUGGAUACUUUACCGUAGGUGACACUGUUAAGAUUAGAAAUAGAAAAACUGAAGAAAGAAAACAUGAUUUCAGUUGGAAUUUAAGGCACUGAGCAUGUACAUAAAGAGGUUAAAUGGCACCAAAAUGUGUCAAGGAAAGUCAAUAAAAAUAGGAGCUCUCCUGUAAUUUCCAGUUGUUAUGCACUGUCUUCUAUAAUGAGAACGUAAUCUCUUAUUUUAAUUUUAUGGCUCGAUACCACAGAGAAUUACAAUAGCAAAAAUAUGACACUCAAAAUGGUACUAAUUACAAUUAAUAAGAUUUAUUUAAGUAUGAAUAUAAUUACAAAACAAAAGAAAUAUAAUUACAAUCAUCAACUUACAGAGUAUGAGAUGUCUUGUACCGGUACACAGUUAGUACAAUGUGCCACAGUUAUAAGGUACAAUGAUGAAUGCGAAUAAACACAUAUGAGUACACAAAGAAUAAUACACUUGUCUUGUAAAGAUAAAAAUAUCCAUCAAUCAAUCUCCGUGAAUCUCUCUCUCUAUUUCCUUUUAUAUCUAUGCGUCGGUAGAACCAACGGUUCUAGAAAUGUCUUCUACAUUGUUUAUCUUUCUAGUCAAUUAUCGAAGUUUCCCCAAAAUUCUAUUAAAAUAUAUUAGUUAUUUUUAGUUGGUGUCGGCAGUAAACACGCUAAGAUGAAAGAAAAUAGGCCACGCCCAAUAAGAACGCAGUGUCUUCUAUAUUGGCAGCACGGGGGAAACAUGACGUAACACGUCCUACAUAACACAGUGUUACACCUUGUAAACAAUCAUAGAGCCUACAACAAGUUUGCAAAAUGAGGAAUACACCAAGCCCAGUUGAGAAACAUGAAGAUUGUCAGAGUUGACUUUAUAAUUUCAGCACCGAAAGCAAUGGUGGGGAGUCUGGUACAGUUAUGGACUCUGUUGAUUUCAUCCACCUCAACUUUGCUGAAAUGAACAAACUGUGGGUGCGCAUGCAGCACCAAGGCCACUCCCGGGACAGGGAGAGAAGGGAGAAUGAAAGAAGAGAGUUGAGGAUCCUGGUUGGGACCAAUUUAGUUAGGCUCAGUCAGCUGGAGUGCAUUGAUGUGGAAAAAUUCAAGCAGGUAUGUUGGCAGCAAACAAUUGGGGAACAUCAUGAAAUUAUAAUAUAUACUAACCAGCUCUAUUUUUGACAAGUAAAUGUUGAGUAUCAGCUUGAAAUACAGGUAUAUUCGAACCAGCUCUACUUUUAACAGCUGAAAGUUCGCGAGCAUCAUGCAGUAAUAAAAACCAAUGCAACACUAUUUGUGAUAUUUAAAUUGAUAAAUUAAAACGAUCCUGCUAUAGGGUUCAAGUAAAUACUUGGACAAAUAAACUCAUACAUAUUUUCAUGGAAUAAGAAACCAAUCUUUGAUUUGUGUAAUCUUAGGAACAUUUUUAAACAUCCCUAAUGAAGAAUGGCUUGUAAAUGUUAAGACAGUUAAAUGUUCAUGUGAAUUUUAAGUGCUUACUUCUUGUAUGUAACCUUACUUGAUAUUUCAGUCAGUCUUGCCAGGAGUGCUUGAACAAGUGGUCAACUGCAAGGAUGCUAUUUCCCAAGAAUACCUGAUGGAAUGUAUCAUACAGGUACUUAGCACACAUGUUUAAAGUUGUUCUUUUGCCAACAAAAGCAUUACGGAUAUUUGCUUAAAGGAAAUGGUUAUCACAUUUGUACCUUAACUGGUUAACUACCAUGAGCCGCUGGGAGCGGCUCGGUGUUCGUUCCGUUAUGGCCACGAGCCGCUGGUAGCGCCAAUGUUAGUCUCGUAGUAAAUCGAGUCAAAUACUUAUAUUAUUCCGUUCCCGUUUGGCUUCAAGAUUUUUAUUUACCGACUGGAUGUUUAUAUUCGAAAUGCAUGCUAUCGGCAGAAUGUUUUAAAAAACGAAAUAAUAAUUAGUUUUAAUUAAUUUUCUUAACUAGUUACAAAAUAGUACAUGUUUACCACAGCAACAAGUGACGGGGUUACUAAGGCAUAUAAGUGAUUGGAAGUGUAAACAUUAUUCAAUUUCUGUGUUCUUUGGUGCAUUUUUCUUAUUUUUGGAUAUACUAUUUGGAAACCACAAAAUAAAAGGCUUUAAAUGAUUUUGAACAUUGAAAUUUAAAAUGUAUACGUGAGUUGGCACAUCAAUAUAUUUUUAAAAAUUUUCUUUCUAUUGAAAAUACUAAUUUAACAAUUAAUAAUUUCCUAACAAAACUUAACUUUACAAAUGUUUUAAGCUUAUAUUAUAGCAAAUUCAAUUACAUACAAGAUCGUGUAUUUAUCAUUAGAAUAUGUUUAUAAUUAAGAAAACUGCAGCUGAAAUUGUACAUACCGGCCUGAAUCUAAAUUUGCUGAAGUCACUCAAAAUUACCCCUCCAAGUCUUUGGAAGGUUUCCUUGAUUAUAAUUUCCCUAUGGUCUGCAUCCUGGCCUUAGAGGUUUUAGCUAUGUCUAUGGGAUUAUAUUGUCAAUAUGGGAUGUUACCUGCAAACGGCGUUCAGUGUGUUUGACCUUUUAUGUUGAGUAAAGAAUUAAUGUGCUUAAAUUGUUUUGCUGAUAUUCCAGGUUUUCCCAGAUGACUUUCAUUUACAGUCCCUGAACUCUUUUCUCAGAGCUUGUGCAGAGCUUCACCCAAAUGUCAAUGUGAAAAAUAUUAUAAUUGCUUUAAUUGACAGGUAAAGUGUUUGAAUUCUGUAUUUAGAGAAGGUAUUACUUGUUUUUUGUUUUGUUUUUUUACUGUUUCUUUUAUAUUUUCUCUUUUAGGUAAUGUCAUCAGUUUGAAAAAUUUCAGCAAUCUUUGAAAUCGUAGCUUUUGAAAUAUGUUAUCUGAUGGCCAAAGGGUAUAAAUAAAAUAAAAAUGUAAAUAAAACCUAUUUUACUUUAUGGUACAGAGAUCUUUCUGUUGUGAAUAGUGAUAGUAAUCCUUUCAUUGUUGUUUAUAAGCAAUCACUAAUGACAGCCUUGUUUAUCAGCAAUCAGUAAUGACAGCCUUGUUUAUCAGCAAUCACUAAUGACAGCCUUGUUUAUCAGCAAUCACUAAUGACAGCCUUGUUUAUCAGCAAUCACUAAUGACAGCCUUGUUUAUCAGCAAUCACUAAUGACAGCCUUGUUUAUCAACAGAUUAGCAUCCUUUGCCCAGAAUGAAGAAGGAACUGGGAUACCCCCAGAAAUUCAGCUGUUUGAUAUCUUCUCCCAGCAAAUCUCUCAGGUCAUUCAGGUGAGACACCGGUUAUCAUUUUCUCACUUUUAGCACCUGAAGACAUUGUCUCCCUGCACCUUUUUUUUUUUAAUUCUAACAUUGUCUCCAUCCACCUUUUCCAUUUAGUCUAACAGAACCUACCAGAUAAGGCACCUGAAGACAUUAUCUCUCUGCACCAUUUUCUUUUUAUUCUGACAUUGACUCCCUCCACCUUUUCCAUUUAUUCUAACAGAAUCGACCAGAUAUGGCCCCUGAAGACAUUGUCUCACUACAAGUUGCCCUGAUCAACCUGGCCCUGAAAUGUUAUCCUGAUAAAGUUGACUAUGUAGACAAAGUUUUAGAAACAACUGAGGAAAUUUUCAAUAGACUCAACCUGGAUCAGUAAGUCUACAUGACAACUUAAUUUACAAUAAAUUAAAAUAAUUGAUGCAUUGAGUUUUAUUAUUACAUAUAAUUCUCUAGGUAUGAAAGAAAGUAUGGUGUACUUCGAGGGGGGGGGGAAGCACUAAUUAGGAAUCUUUUAAAGUUAGUUACAUAAAAUCCUGUUAUGUUGAGUUAUAUUAGUAGAUUAGAAGUUGACACAUUAUUGCCAUCAUUGUUUGGAGGGCUAUUAUUAGUAUGUCAUAAAAUACAUUUUAAACCAAUCAUCCAAAACUUGUUUAAAUAAAAUGUAGAUUAUGUAAAAAAAAAAAUUUAAGGAAAUUAAAUUUAAAUAAUAUUUACAUUUUGGUAAUUUAUUGUUUUUUUAUUAGGAUAUGGGUGGGUUUUUUUUUUCCAUUAAAGUUAAUAUAGAUUGCUUAAUAAAAAAAUUCUAUUGCCCCAAGUUUUAGACAGUAAAUUUACAAAGAGUAAUUUUUCUCCUCUACAGUGUUGAACAUGGCAGCCCAGUUUCCAAAGAGUUAAUGAGACUCAUGAAGAUUCCAGUUGACACAUAUAACAAUAUACUGACUGUCCUCGAGCUUCAACAUUUUGGUCCACUCUUUGAGUACUUUGACUUUAAAGGGAGACAACUGAUGAGUUGCCAUAUCAUCAACAAUGCGCUGGAAAAUGAAACAUUGAUUCCAGCCCAAGAAAAUGUA